AAUUUUUUUUUUUGGUGACAGAAUCUCUGUGUGAGAUUAAACUAAACAUUUUUUUUUACAAUAAAUUAUGUUAGAUUCAUCUCCUGAAGAUGAAGAUUUUCCGGGACGUUUGUUACAUCAGGCUGCAUUAUGGGAUAAUGCUGAAUUAUUGGAAGAUUUACUACACGGCGAACAAAAAUGUCUUUUAAAUUCACAAGAUAGUUGGGGUCGUACUCCCCUGCAUGCGGCAGCUAUUACAGAUAAUUCACGAUGUUUAAAAAUUUUAUUGGAAGCAGGAGCUAAUCCUGAUAUACAGUGUGGUCCAAGAGGUGACAAUAGAACAGCAUUACAUUUAAGUGCUGAACAUGGACAUAAAAGUAAUAUUGAAACUUUAUUAGAACAUAAUGCCAGCUUGGUUGUACGAGAUUCAAGUGGGAUGACUGCCUUUGAUAUUGCGGAUAAAUCAUCGCAUGUAGAAUGUAUGAAUAUACUACGUGAAGCUGCAGAUGGACGUGAAAAAGCACGACAAGAAGUCCAUGCAUCAUUACGUGAAGCAUGUUGUACAGGAGAUGUGGCCGCUGUACGACAAUUGGUUGCAUCGCUUGGAACGGAUGCCGAACUUAUUAUCAACAUGGCACCAAGCGGUGCAAAUACGUUACUGUUCACAGCAUCUCAAGUUGGUCGCAAAGAAAUCGUCCGUGUAUUAUUAGAUCAUGGCGCAGAUGGACGAAUUCAUCCCGUAACAAAAUAUUCGCCAUUAUAUAUUGCCUGUUACCAUGGCCAUAAAGAUAUUGUAGAAAUGCUAUUAAAAAAAUUCCCCGAAUUAAUACAACAACAUACCGUCGAAAAAUGGCUACCGAUUCAUGCAUGUUGUAUAAAUGGUCAUAUUACCGUAUUAGAAUUAUUAUUCAAUUUUUCCUAUCCGGUACAUUUACUGCGAAAGUUUAAGGAUCCAACACAACAAUGGGAAUAUUAUUUAGCAUUCGAUAUCAAUGAAAAAGACGUGACGGGCCAAAAUAUUUUAUAUGUUGCAUGUCUGCUGGGUAACCAACAGAUGGUUGAAAUGCUUUUAAAGUUUCGUGUGAAAGCAGAUCGAAUUAAACAUGGUGACGAUGAAGAUGACGUAACAACUCCAACACCAGAAUCUUUUACUACUCUAAGUCCAACACGUCGACGAAUUUCGGAUGGUAUACAAUCAAUAAUGACACGAUUAAAUUUACGAAACGAUUCCGAGAACUCUGAUGGCAUUAAUAAAACAAACGAAUCAUUUUUAAGUCCUUUAAAUUUGGAUCUGUAUUGUCAAAAUGAUUGCGAAACAGCUUUACAUGUUGCUGUUAAAGGGAAACAUUACAACAUUGUUUCUCUACUUUUAUUAGCUGGAGCAAAUCCAAAUUUAGUAAUAAAAGUUUCAAAUGAUUUGGAGGAAUCAUAUCGUAAUACCAUCGGAGAGGAGGAUGUAAAUAAUCAACAAUCAACGGCAUUAGUUGAGGCAUCAAAAAAUCGUGAUUUACCAAUGAUCGAUUUAUUGUUGAAAUAUGGUUCAAGAGAUGAUGAUUGUAAAGCGUUAUGUAUUGCGGCAAAAAAUCGUGAUAGUACGUUAACCGCCCGUUUAUUAUCAAUUAAAGCACAUCCCGAUCCCGAAUAUAAAAUCAAUAAGAAAGUAAUGACAGAAAAUGUGGUCGCAACAACAUCAAAAUUUUCAAUGUUUUCACAGUUAACAAGUUUAACAUACAGUUCAAUAUUUCCAAAUGUACCGGCCAUGAUUAAUUGGCAUAAUCAAAAAUGUCAUUUAUCGCAAAUACGUCCAGAAUGGUUAAUUGAUGCUGCAUUACAUGUGAAUCCAAAACUAAAGCAAAAUCCACGCUGUCAUGAUAUCGGAUUGUAUGCAAUUACACGUUUAGAUAUAUCAAAUAAUAGUUUAACCACGUUACCCUUGGUUGUCUUCCAAUUAUGCAGUUUACGUUAUUUAAAUUGUGCACAAAAUAAAAUUGAAAAAUUACCUGAUUCGUCGCAACCAUCUCCACAUAAAAAAUCAUCAUCAUUUCGUUCGCAUCGUAAACGAACUAAAUCGAAUGAAUCGAAAUACGAUUGUCCAGUAUUAGAAGAAAUUUAUUUACAGGAUAAUCGUUUGGAGUACAUACCAGAAGCUUUAUUUAAAAUACCCUCUUUAGUAACGCUUGUUGUAUCCAAUAAUAAGUUACAAUACAUUCCAUACGAAAUGUGGAAAGCUCCAAAAUUAAAAGAAUUAAAUGUAUCGUUUAAUUUAUUAAAAGAAUUACCGACACAUCCAAUUGAGAAGAUUACGAAAGAAUUGGAUACACUUAGUUCAUCAUCUCAAUAUGAUGGAGCUAGUGAUUCGGUUGAUGAACCAACAACACCGGUAUUGGAGUUUAGUGAUUCGGAAAGUCGAUUUUCGGAUAAUGAAAGUAUGCUAACAUCACAUGUUCGAUAUCGUAAAAAACAUGCAUCGGUACGGCAAAUCGAAUUAAUUAAACAUCAUGUAUGGACAAAAAGUGUUGAAGUCACCGAACAAAUCUUCCAUUCGGACGAUGAUCUUUUAGAACAAUCUUCGAAAUUAUCCGCAUUAAAUUUAGCACAUAAUCUAUUUUCAAGUAUACCAUGUUCGCUACCAUGUUUAGCGGUGAAUUUAACUCGAUUAAAUAUGAGUUAUAAUAAUUUACGAUCUAUGUCACAUAUAACAUCGUAUCCGAAUACGUUAAAACAAUUAGAUUUAAGUCAUAAUCAAAUUACAUGUUGGCCUAGUUUACCACAAGUUGGGGAACCAUCUCCUACAGCUGCUACAACUUAUACAAUUGAUUCAAUGGAAAUCGCGAAUAUUACAUGUUUUUCACCACCAGCGAGUACAACUUCUAGUACAUCAUCGACAACAUCAUCAGAGACUACGAAUCUCUUAGGUAAAUUACCUGUUUUAACGAAUGAUUUUACAAGACGUCGAAAUUCGGGACGAUCUGUACGUACGGCUGUGUUACAUUCGGUGUGUUCGCAUCGACGUCAUUUACGAUUGGAUAAUUUACGUACUCUCGUUUUGGCUGAUAAUUAUUUAAAUCGUAUACAAUUGACAACGGAUGAUGAUGGAGAUACGAUUAACGAAGAUGAAGAAAGUGAUUGGAAUAUGGUGAAUUCUGGAAAAUCACGUUUAAUGUUUCCAAAUUUAUCGAUGUUGGAUGUUAGUAAUAAUAAUUUGAAAGAAAUUCCACAUAAUAUCCAUGAAUUAACGAAUUUAUCCGUGUUAAAUAUCAGUGGUAAUGUGGAUAUUUCUGAAUUACCACCCCAAAUGGGUUUGUUGUCACGUUUAUGGAAUUUAAAUACACGAGGAUGCGCCUUACAAGGUCCACUUAAAUCUAUGAUUGAUAGUAAAAAAUUCAAAACAAUGGAUAUUGUUGGAUAUUUAAAAUCGGUACUCGAAGAUGCUAAACCGUAUGCUCGGAUGAAAUUAAUGAUUGUCGGUGUACAAGGUAUCGGAAAAACCAGUUUGUUAGAACAAUUACGACAAGAAGGUGUUGGAAGUUAUCGUAAAAAACCUGUUGAACAUUGGGCAAAACGUAUGGGAAAUAAGAAUAUCAACGUAAAAACAUCUCGUGGUACAAAUAUGUCAACUGUUGGUGUUGAUAUCGGUGAUUGGAUAUAUGAGAAAAAAUCACGAGGACAUUCUUCGUUACACGGUCCCGUAACAUUUCGCACAUGGGAUUUCGGUGGACAAAAAGAAUAUUACGCCACCCAUCAAUAUUUCCUAUCAAAGCGUAGUUUAUAUUUAGUUGUUUGGAAAAUUUCCGAUGGGCAAAAGGGAAUCGAUGAAAUUUUACAAUGGUUGGUGAAUAUUCAAGCGCGUGCUCCUAAUUCUCCUGUGUUAAUUGUUGGCACCCAUUAUGAUUUGGCUCAAGAAUAUUUCCCACCACAUAUGUCCGAAGAUUUACAACAAAUUAUUCGAGAUCGAUUUAUAAAUAUUGUGGAUGCGGAAAAAUGUGGAUUACCGCGUGUGUUAGAUACAAUUGAAGUUAGCUGUAAAACUCGGCAUAAUAUUAAAUUACUUUGUAAUUUAAUUUACGAUACAGUUUUUAGUUUACGUCCUCCUGGAAGUAAGGAAUUACUUUUGGAACAACGAGUACCUGCAACUUAUUUAGCAUUAGAGGAUGUUGUUAGUCAUUUAGCAACAGAAAGACGUGCUUCUGGAGCGGAUCCUGUACUAUCUGCUGAACAAUAUAAAGCACUUGUUACCCAAGAAAUGCAUUUACGAUACAAUCGUGCAUUUCGUGAUUGGGCGGAAUUACAUCAAGCCACGUUAUUUUUACACGAUAACGGUGUUUUGUUACAUUACGAUGAUGCUACAUUGAAAGAUCUAUACUUCUUAGAUCCGCAAUGGUUAUGUGAUAUGUUAGCUCAUGUAGUGACAAUACGUGAAAUAAACCCGUUUGCACGGACUGGUGUCAUGAAACUUGAUGAUUUGAAACAUAUUUUUAAGUCGAGUAAUAUUGGACCCAUUGAUACUCGGGGGUAUAUCGUAAACUUAUUAAAUAAAUUCGAAGUGGCUUUAACAUGGGAUUCAAGAACUUUGUUAAUACCAUCAUUACUCCCUUCCGAAGAGGAUAUGCGUAAUGCACAAUUGUAUCCAGGUUUAGGACAUUCUGUUGUUAAAGUUAAAGUACCAUUACGAUCACGUGGCUGGGCUGUACGAAAUAAAAAAUUAACGAUAUCACCGAAAUCAAUGUUGUAUCCAAAUUUUGAUGAAAGUAAAUUUACAUUAAAUGCACCAACACCUCAUUUAAGUACGAGUGGUAAUCAAUUAAAUGAAUCUGAAGAGUUAACACAUCAACCGGGGCUAAGUUAUCGAAGUGAACCUGAUAAAUCAAUUACGCGAUUAUUAUUAAUGUCGUAUUUUCCAUCUGGAUUCUGGUCACGGUUAAUUUCACGUAUAUUGGCGGAUGAUUCGAUUGUGGAUAUUGUUCGAUCAUUUUUUAUGGUUCCAAAAGAGGUUUUACAAGAUGUUCAAUUAGCAAAAAUGUUAGAUGUUAAAGCUGAAUGGGUUUUAUGGCAAACGGGUUUACAACUGAAAUAUGGCGAUAUCACAUUAUUUCGAAUGAAAGAAGUCUUACACUCAAUACCAGCGUAUUAUCGACAUUUAAGGUUUAAAUUAAAACAAGAUGGCGUAUGGUGUGAUGUUGAUCUAAUAAACUCAUCGAUAUUAGAGCUAUAUUUUCCAAUUGAAACAUUAUUAAUCAAACAAACCGAUCAGAAAAUUAUCACAAUUGAACCGAAUCCGGAGAGUACAGCGCAAUUAUUAUCUUUAGCUGUUGACCACAUAGAUGUAUUAUUAGAAGAUUGGUAUCCAACAUUAGGAACACGUUUUGUUCACACAUCAGAAGGAAAAUUUUUAGUUACACGUUUAGUACCAUGCCCAAAAUGUUUAAGUAAUGUAUCAACUGACGUAACAGACAAUAACAGUGAUCCAAAUUUACUUUUUCCACCUGGUGGUGGACAUUUACCCACAUCGAGAAAUUUAUCGGAAGCAUUUAAACGUGCUGAAGUUGAUCACAAUUAUUACGAACAACGUAAUAAACAACAACCACGUGUACGAAAAUCACAGGAAUCGUAUACGUCAGAGUGUGAUAGUGGUGUAGGUCCGGAUUCAACGGGAUCGAGUCGAAUGCCAUCAGUUGAAGGACAUCCUGGUGUACUUGGUGCUAGUGGAUCCAUGGCCGAUGAACAAACUAAUUCAAUUGUGUAUUAUAGUUGGAUGAUUGAAGAGUGUAUUUUGGAAGCAUAUGGAAAGAAAUUAAUCAAUUGUCCGGCUCAUGGGGAUAUUCCAUUAUCAAAAAUUGCACCAGAUACGAUUUUUAUGGAUUUGGGUGAACGUCAUUUAAUUCGUCCAGAAAAUAUAAAGAAAGGUCGUCUUUUAGGUCGUGGUGCAUUUGGUUUUGUAUUUAAAGGUACAUGCCGUAUGCGUGGUUCAAAUACUACCGUUGAAGUGGCCAUGAAAAUGUUACAACCUGUACAACCAGGUCAAAAUGCACGUCAAUCGGCCAUUAUUGCGUAUAAAGCUGCACAAGGUAAAUGGGAUCGUGAUCCAUUACAGUAUGCGUGCAAAGCGUAUUGUACAGCACGUCAAGAAUUGAAUAUUUUAUUGGCAUUACGUCAUCCAAAUAUUGUACCGUUGGUGGGUGUUUGUAUCAGUCCAUUGGCAUUGGUCUUGGAUUUAGCACCACAAGGUGCAUUGGAUACAGUUUUACGUCAUUUUCGUCGAUCUGGGGCACGUAUUGGACCGUAUACUCUACAAGCGAUUAUUUUACAGGUUGCACGAGCAAUUGAAUAUCUACAUCGGCAGCGUAUUAUUUACAGAGAUUUAAAAUCUGAAAAUGUUUUAGUAUGGGAAAUGCCACCACCAUUUCAAGAUCAUCCGGACAACGUGGUUCAUAUAAAAGUUGCCGAUUAUGGAAUCAGUCGUUUAACUUUACCAUCGGGAACAAAAGGUUUUGGUGGUACCGAAGGUUUUAUGGCACCAGAAAUAAUGCGUUACAAUGGUGAAGAAGAGUACACGGAGAAAGUUGAUUGUUUCUCAUUUGGAAUGUUUAUUUAUGAAUUGUUAACAUUACAUCAACCAUUCGAAGGACAUGAAUCAGUUAAAGAAUGUAUAUUAGAAGGUGGUCGACCACCACUAACAUAUCGUGAAACAUUAUAUCCAAGUUAUAGUUUAGAUUUAAUGGUGUUAUGUUGGUCACAACAACCACGUGAUCGUCCAUCAGCCAGUCAAAUUGUUUCAAUAGCAUCCGCACCAGAAUUUACACAUUUAUGUGAUGUAGUUUCAUUGAAUCAUUCCGCACCUGUUAUGGCUACAACUAGUAUACCGAUUACACAUAUUACGGAUGAUGGCUUAAAUGGAUCUGAAAUGUGGUUGUUAUGUGCAAACGGUCGUGCCGACUUACUUUUAUCAACGAGUCAAGGUUGGCUACAACACAAUUGUCUUCCAUUACCAAAUCGGCCAUCAUCUGCGUGCACAGUGGGUCCAACCAUAUGGAUUGGUGAUUGUUUAGGAAAUGUUCAUGCCUAUGUAGCUGGCGAUGGUACAAAAUUAUUUACAUACAAAUUAGAACCAGAUUUAUCCGUUCCAAAUUCUGUGAUUGCAUUAUUAUAUUUACCAACGUUACAGCGUGUUGCGUGCGCAUUAGCAAAUGGACGAUUAUUCUUAGUAACAUCUGAAACAGCACCAAGUACACCAACUGCUGGUGAAGGUAGUUUUGUAAUGACAGAACUUGGUUCAAGUACUUCGUUAUAUUCAUUAUGUACAAUAUCCAAGGAUAGUGGCAGAAUUGUGGAAAUAUGGUGUGGAGAAUCAGGUGGUCGUAUAUCAAUUUAUACGAUGAAAGAUCAAGUGGUAUCAUCACAUGAAACCAUCAAUCAUUUUGAUCCAAUCGUUGAGGGUGUCAAUGUGUUACAAUUGAUAUCCUCAAAUAAUACAACAGUUUGGUCAUAUGUGUAUCCAGGAUGUACUGUAUACCAAUGGGACAGUGAAUCACGUACAAUUAUCAAUAAAUUAGACUGUUCGAAAUUGGUACCAUGCUCGGAAAGUUUAAAAUCGAUUUCUAUUGAGGAACAUUUAAGUCCUGGAAAAUGUCAGGUAACUUGUAUGGCAAUUGUCGAUAAUGAAAUAUAUAUUGGUACAACCUGGGGUUGUAUUAUAAUUGCCGAACAAAGUACAAUGCGUCCAAUAACAAUAUUUCGUCCAUUCGAAGAGGAGGUACGUUCAAUUGUACCAUUAAUGUCGGUAUCGAGAAAUCCAAAUAUCAAAGAGUCAUCGUACAUUGCGACAAUUGGCCGUGGGUAUCGUAGUUUAAUAUCACGUUACACGGAUAUACCAUUUACACCGUCUAGUUUACAAAGUCCAAUGAUGGCGGCGACCUCCACGAUAACUGGUAAUAGUACACCUCUGUUAGCAACAACUCCCACAAAUGAGAUACGUAUUAAUAAUAUUUAUGCUUUAUUAUGGAGAGCUGAACAUUGGGCAUCUUCAUAAAUAAUAUUUUAUUUAUUUAUUUUAGGUUUAUGAUCAGGCGUAAGACUUGACAGCUAUUUCAGAACGGCUAAAAAUUUGAGAGUUUGUUGUCAAGGUUGUGCCUAAUAACUUUUUCCUCUACUAAAAUGUUCAUAAUUCCGAGACUCCUCUUCCAGGGAGUCUGAAAAUCGAGGAUAAUUUCAGAAAAUAAUAAUAAUACGAAAAAGGGGGGUUCCGCAAAUAGAUAGAGGCGUCUUCGGAUAAGACAGGCUAUUUUAAGCAAAAGAAAGUCCCCGGUUCUGAGGAAAAAGUUGUUAGAUAAUACGAUCUUGACAAAAGCAUCUUAAAUAUGUAGCUAUUCUGAAAUAACUAUCAAAUAUAGGAUCAUUUUCGAUGUUAUUUUUAAAUGUGCCACCGCGCCGUUUUGGCGUUUGGUACUAGAAUUGUAUUUUGAUAUGUGACGAUUAAGAUCAUAUAAUAUUUGAACGAUUUGGAAAUCGAAUAAUCUUUGGUAAAGCAGACAUUGAUCGUCUAGAUUUUGCGAUUUAACGCCUGUUGAAACCUAUUUGAAGGUAAAGAUCUACGCUAAUGAUUCUCAAACCAAAGAUUAUCUAAAAAUAAAAUGCCGUUGAUGUCAUUCAAAAGAUAAAUGAGGAAAUAAUUCGAGAUUUUAUCAAAAAUUUUGAUAAUUAGAAUGGAAAACCUUCAUUCAAACACGUUCAUCGAUUGAACACUUCACCAUAUUUGUUAAUCGGAAUGUUACUGUCACAUAGCACACAAUUCUUGAGAUUCUAGUACAAAAAACCAAAAUGAUGGAAUUUAUAAUAGCAUCGAAAAUAGAACACCUUUUCUACGCUUGACCCCAGAUCUAUUAAUAUAUUAUUUAAAAAAUGGUUGUGUUUUGAAAUAUUAAAAAAAUUAAUUAGUACUUAGAUUUCAGAAAUAAUAAAUAAAAAUAAAAACUAUCUAUAAAUGUUUGUUCGAAACGGGAAUUUUAAAUUAGAAUCAAGAAACCAGAUCAAUGAAAAGUAGCAGGUUUACUUCCAUUAUAGACUGAAUUGAAUUAAAAAAAAUAUACUCGAAAAAUUAAAUUUAUUAAUAAUAAUUCUACUUUAAAAUUCCCAUUUUCUUCGAACAAACAAAAAAUAAAUUAUAUAUUAAUAUUAUUUUUUAUUGGUCUAGCACCAGAUAUUCUAAUUGACAGUCAUUUUAGAUCUGUUGAAAAUUUGGAAGACUGUUGUCCUAGGGCUCUUUCAGAGUGAAAGGGAAAUAUUGCGCGAUGAGCUUCAUUCGGGGCGAUUUCAAAUAAGAAGAUAAAUCAAUAAUUCAAUUCAAUAUUCUUCUAUUUUAAGCAACACGUUAAAAAAUUUUCAUAGAGGAAAAAGUUGAUAACCACAAAUUUGACAACAGUCUCUCAAAUUUUCAGUCGUUUUGAAAUUACUAUCAAAUAUUAAGUCAGGCCCUGGAUCUAUGAAUAUUUUUGCGUGUUAUCUGUGAUUUUUUUAUGUUUGAUGCGUUUUCUUUUUGUAAAUUUUUAAAUUGAGAUUUUUAUGCGUAUUAUUUUUUUAUUCGUUCGAAAUUUUUUGAUUCUUUUUAUCGAUAUUAUGUGUUUUAAUUUUAUCCAAUUUUUUAAUAUGACUAAAUAAACUCUAUUGAAACAACUCGAAGAAAGUGAUUAUUGAUUGGGUGUUCGGUGUCACUGGGUGAUCCAUUUGAAACUGUUUAAGAACAACAGAAGUGCUUUGACGUCACUAGAUUUGAGGUCGGAGAGGUCAUCAAAGAAAGGCUGACUCAAGUUCAUCUUCUCAGGGCAACAGCUGGACAGUGAUAGAGAAGAUAAGGCAUCGUUUCUCCAUCGUAUCGCCCACUGUGACAGCUCCUGCAAUAAUCGUUAUGCACUAUAAGGCCCAAGCGUUCAGCGUUCCUUCCGUCUGAUCAGUGUCCUAUAAUAGCCGCAAUAAUUUUGCUUAUAGAGAUCCUUUAAAGCGAUAUAAGGUCACGUAAAAGAACUUUGAAUGUGACAUUGCAUAAGACAGACUGUCGAUCCAAUCAGAAUGAUUAAAGCACAUAAAAUUCGAUAAUGAUUUGAAUGUAAUUUGUAUAUUUUUAAACUAAAAUCGA